AUGGCCAAUGACAGUGACUUCCUUCGUUCUUCCGACUCAUCCAUCUCCUCCCUUGAUGUCUUCAAUGACACAGAGAUCAAAGAUGACAUCAUUGUCCUGUUCUCGAACAGCACUGUUGAGGAUCCCAGCGUUGUGAGUAACAACGCCACCACAGCCAUUGGGGCCCUCAUCCUGGGCCUGGUCUUCCUCCUCGGCGUUCCAGGGAACCUCUUCAUCAUCUGGAGUAUCCUGGCCCGUGCCCGCCGACGCUCCGUCACCACCCUCCUCAUCCUCAACCUGGCGUGUGCCGACGGCUCCCUCAUGUGCCUCACCAUCUUCUUCAUCAUCUAUUUGGCUAGGCAGAACUGGGACUUUGGCACCUACAUGUGCAAGGGGGUGUUUUACCUGUGCAACUUGAACAUGUAUGCCUCCAUCUUCCUCAUCACGCUGAUGAGCCUGCACAGGCUGGUGGCAGUGGUUUGGCCCCAGCGAGUAGCGGCCCUGGCCAGCAAGACGAUGGUAGUGCGGGCAAUAGUUGUGCUCUGGGUCCUGGUGUUCUUCAUGGCUAUCCCAGCUCUGGUGUUCAGGGAGCAGAGGGAUGAUCAUAACGAACUGAACAAAACCCAACGGGUGUGUGCCUCAGAUCACAGAGUGCCUCAGCAUUUGGUGUUCCAGUACACCUUUGAGACAGUAAUGGGAUUCCUGGUUCCGUACGGGAUUAUAGUGAGCAGCUAUGUCUGCAUCCUGAGACGCCUCAGACAGACCAAAUUCCGUCGCAAGGUCCGCAGUGAGAAUCUCAUCCUGGCCAUCGUUGUGAUGUUUGCCAUCUUCUGGUUGCCCUAUCACAUCAUCAACAUAAUACAGGUGGUGGCUGAGCAUUUUGAUGACACUUCACCAAUAAAAAAGAGACUAUAUAGGAUAUGGCGGCCCAGUCGUGCUGUGACCUCCGCUCUGGCCUUCAUCAGCAGCUGUGCCAACCCUAUUCUCUACACAUUCGCUGGGAAGUCCUACAUCAGAGGGGACGGCAUGGCCUUUAUGGCUCGCCUCUUUGAAGGGACAUCUCUGGACACUGGGAUAAGGAAGGGCCAGCCGACAACCAGGGACAGGGAGGGAAAUAGACUCAAAGAUACGUUGUCUUUCAGCAGCACUGGGGGCAAUGUUGUGAUGAAAGGAAAAUAG